CUCACAAAUAGUGUUGAAUUGAAUGCAAACCAGUCGUCACUACUUGUCGUCCAAACAGUCCUAUCACUCAAAGUGGGAGUAAUUUGUUGUGAUUUGCCAUCAAUUGAGUCGUCUUCACAAGUCUUCACACAUCUGACCAUCACUUCCUUCACUUCAUAUCUGUUUAAUUGAGACAUUCGUUGGCGUCAUAUCUAAGACAAUAUGAGUGCAAAGGAUAGGAUCGCUGUGUUUCCCUCCAGAAUGGCACAGACUCUGAUGAAGGCUCGCCUCAAAGGCGCACAAAAGGGUCACUCAUUGCUGAAGAAGAAGGCGGACGCUCUUCAGCUGAGGUUCAGAAUGAUUCUCAAGAAGAUUGUCGAGACAAAGUCAUUGAUGGGAGAAGUGAUGAAAGAGGCGUCGUUUAGUUUAGCCGAAGCCAAGUUCACUGUUGGAAGUGAUUUCAAUGCCAUUGUCCUCCAGAAUGUCACGAAAGCCCAGAUAAAGGUGAAGUGCAAGAAGGACAACGUGGCGGGCGUUACGCUACCGGUGUUUGAGUGCUAUCAAGACGGCAGUGAUGUCCACGAGUUCGCAGGUCUGGCCAGAGGUGGCCAACAGUUGGCUAAACUCAAGAAGAAUUACGCGCGAGCCGUACAACUGCUCGUCGACUUAGCAUCUCUUCAGACGAGUUUCAUAACUCUGGACGAAGUGAUCAAAAUCACAAACCGAAGAGUUAACGCUUUAGAACAUGUGGUGAUUCCCAGGAUUGAGUCCACUCUCACUUACAUUACAUCAGAAUUGGAUGAAAGAGAAAGAGAAGAGUUUUAUAGACUUAAGAAAAUACAGGAAAAGAAGAAAAAGAUUAGAGCGGAAGAAGAGAAGGUCAAGAAGUUGAGAGCGGCUCAGGGGCUGGACCAGGAGCGGGAGGGCCCCAACCUAUUUGCUGACACCCACGACGAGGACCUCCUAUUCUAAUGACACGAUUUGUUAAUUAUAUAUCACUUUAUUCCAGAUUCUGUUUCCACUUUUAUUCCUAU